ACUAAAUCUCUCCGAGACAACAUGACACGGUCACUGCGGAAUAUACACCUUUCAACGCAUACUAGUCAAUUUGGACAAGCAACUUUCUGACACUCUCUUUCUUAUGGACUUUGUUUUUCAACUUUCCAAAUAUUGCAUUUCCAGCAGGAAUCUUUGAUACCACUGAAGGCACUGAUUGCAGAGCCAGCGUUUGACGUCAGGUCGCUGUUGGACGUAGCGGCGCAGCCAUGGUGCUGAUCCUGGGCCGGAGGCUGAACCGGGAGGACUCGGGGGUGCGCGACUCCCCGGCGGUCAAGCGCAAGGUGUUCGAGGUGGACCCCAAGAACCUGGGCGGCCACGACGACGCCUUCGACUUCUGCUCGGGCGGCCUGCACGGCGAGGGCAUCCUGCAGGCCUUCAACGAGUUCCGCGACAACCGCCUCUUCACCGACGUGGUGAUCUGCGUGGAGGGCCGGCAGUUCCACUGCCACCGCGCCGUGCUCUCGGCCUGCAGCAGCUACUUCCGCGCCAUGUUCUGCAACGACCACCGCGAGAGCCGCGAGAUGCUGGUGGAGAUCAACGGCAUCCUGGCCGAGGCCAUGGAGACCUUCCUGCAGUACGUCUACACGGGCCGCGCCAAGAUCACCACGCACAACGUCCAGUACCUCUUCGAGACCUCCAGCCUGUUCCAGAUCUUCCCGCUGCGCGACGCCUGCGCCAAGUUCCUGGAGGAGCAGCUGGACCCGUGCAACUGCCUGGGCAUCCGCCGCUUCGCCGACACCCACUCCCUCAAGCCGCUGGCCAGCCGCUGCCGCGGCUUCACCCUGCAGAACUUCGCCGACGUGGCGCAGCACGAGGAGUUCCUGGACCUGCGCAAGGAGGAGCUGGAGGAGUACAUCGGCAGCGACGAGCUGACCAUCGGCAAGGAGGAGAUGGUGUUCGAGGCGGCCAUGCGCUGGGUGUACCACAGCACGGCCGAGCGCAAGACGGUGCUCAAAGAACUGCUCCAGCACGUGCGCCUGCCGCUGCUGCACCCCAACUACUUUGUGCAGACGGUGGAGGGUGACCAGCUCAUCCAGGUGGACCCCGACUGCUACCAGCUGCUGCACGAGGCCCGGCGCUACCACGUGCUGGGCAACGAGAUGAUGUCCCCCAGGACCCGGCCACGCAGGUCCACAGGCUUCUCUGAGGUGAUCGUGGUGGUGGGAGGCUGUGAGCGAGUGGGCGGGUUCAACCUGCCCUACACCGAGUGCUACGACCCCGUCACGGGCGAGUGGAGGUCUCUGGCCAAGCUGCCCGAGUUCACCAAGUCCGAGUACGCGGUCUGCGCCCUCAGGAACGACAUCCUGGUCUCAGGCGGCCGCAUCAACAGCAGGGAUGUGUGGAUGUACAACUCGCAGCUCAACCUGUGGAUCCGAGUGGCCUCCCUCAACAAGGGCCGCUGGCGUCACAAGAUGGCCGUCCUCCUGGGGAAGGUGUACGCUGUAGGAGGCUAUGACGGGCAGUGCCGCCUGAGCAGCAUGGAGUGCUACGACUCCUUCUCCAACCGCUGGACGGAGGUGGCCCCCAUGAAGGAGGCGGUCAGCUCCCCGGCCACCGCCAGCUGUGCGGGCAAGCUCUUCGUCAUCGGGGGCGGACCGGACGACUACAACUGCUCCGACAAGGUCCAGUGCUACGACCCAGAGUCGGACAGCUGGUUGCUGAGGGCCAGCAUCCCCAUCGCCAAGCGCUGCAUCACCGCCGUCUCCCUGAACAACCUGGUGUACGUGGCCGGCGGCCUGACCAAAGCCAUCUACUGCUACGACCCGGCGCAGGACUACUGGAUGCACGUGGCCAGCACCUUCAGCAAGCUGGAGAGCUGUGGCAUGUCGGUGUGCAACGGGAAGAUCUUCAUCCUGGGCGGCCGGGGCGAGACGGGCGAGGCCACGGACACCAUCCUGUGCUACGACCCAGCCUCCGGCAUCAUCACCGGCGUGGCCGCCAUGCCGCGGCCCAUCUCCUACCACGGCUGCGUCACCAUCCACCGCUACAACGACAAGUUCCACCGGCCCUGACACCAGCGCCAAACACACACUCACACACACACACACACACCAACAUAAACACAUGACAAUAGCAUAGGACCCAUGUUAACUCUCACACACACACACAUGUAAAGAUACAAUAAAGGACCCAUCCUCAUGUAUAUACAGUAGAAAUAAAACCUCUAGAAUCCACAUGUACAGAGACACAAAUCCAUAAAGUCGUUUCUUCACGAGCUCCUUAGAGCUCACUUGCAGUUUUCCUAUACUGUAUACGCUCAGCUGUUUGCUCUCUCUUUCCAACAUGAUUGGCCUUCCUCAGAGUGGUCUGUGCGCCUCUCCUUUGUACGACGGCGCACAGCUCAGCACACCAGCACACUCACAGGUCAAAGGUCAUGUUUCCCAUCAGCCCAGAGACUAAAAAUGAAUCCUUAUCGCCCUCAUAAAGGACAAUGACCUGUUCUACGGAACAGGCCGAAUAGUGAGGGUGACUAUGAAAGGCAUCAUUACUUUCCUCAUCUCGGGUUCUUUGUAAUCAAAGCAGUAACGAGAGAACCAGGUUCCACCAGGUUCUAGCAGCUGCCAGUGGGUUCUGGUAGUGGUGUUCCUUAAGGCACUGUUCUUUUCACAUAGCUCCUUAUUUUGUCAAUCACUAUCUUUUACCCCCCCCCCCCACCUCUCUCUCUCUGUCCUGUCAUUGUGUUUAUACCCUCAUGUUGUGAAUCAUAUGUUGAUUUUAUUGAUUUUUUUUUAUAUCAUCCUAAAUUAUGUUUUGUAAGCUGUUUACUACAUGUAGCAUAAUUAGAUAUGGUGUCCAUGUGUAGAUCUUGGUUGUACUGACAGUAGUUUAGCGUGUGAUGUAGAGACUGGGUGAGUGGUUGAGUGAUUUCUAUUUCUUUCUGUGGGACAAUCGUGAGACUGUACACAGAGCUUGCUCUCUGACAGGCUGAUAUACCAAAAAUAAUUUGGAUUAUGUUAUUUUCACUGACAAAAGGCUUCAUUAAGAACCUCAGUAACCUUUCAUGUUCAACAAGAAUUAGAAGUCAACUUCCUGUACAAGAACUUUUCAUUUUGACACAUCCUUGCUGCCUUGUGAGUCCUUACAAACCGUCGGGAUCCAUUUAGAACCAAAUAGGCAUGGAACUGUUCUUAAGACUAAAAAAUAUCAACCUUCAUUCAUUUGGAAGGGACUUUUAAGAUUCAAAGCCCUUGAACAGUAAACAGUAUAUACUGAAUUGCUGUUUUGGCUCUGCAGAGAAGCAACAACUGUGUAAGUGGUGGAUGUAGCUUGCAGUAUCCCACAUACAUACAUACAGGUGUGCUUAGUAGUGAUGUAGUCUUGGUGUGGGCCUUGUUUGGGUGAUUGACGAUGUCUGGUUAAUGAGGAUUGAAUGCGUUCUCAAUAACGGUCAGUAAAUGUAUUGCCGCUGGAAUAGAAUUGUAUUGCUGUGAAACAAUUUUUUUUUGUAUUUAAAUGUUUCUGUUUUGCAUUUUUAAUACCAAUCGUGCCUUUUAAAAUGUCCUUUCAAAACUUAAGAGCCCCAGUUAUGCACUUGUGUGGAUGGGAUCCAACUUAUUUCUUUUCUGAAUGUGUGGAUUGGAGAUGCAUAGAAGGCUUUCUUUUCAUUUAAUUUGAUUCUAUUUUUGAUUUUCAAAUGAACUUCUGAUUUUGUGUGUGUGUGUGUGUGUGUGUGUGUGUGUGUGUGUGUGUGUGUGUGUGUGUGUGUGUGUGUGUGUGUGUGUGUGUGAAAGAGGCACAGAAAGGAGGUCAGACAGCCUCCUCUUGAUCAAAUAGCCUACCAGAAGAUGUGAACUGGCCAACAUCUGCACACGUUCAGGGACAUGACACCGCCACAGGAAUGUCUCAGGCCUAGUUGUAGCCGAGAGGAAGGAAGAGUCUGAGGCUCGCAGCACUACCAUGGAACUGAAGCCAUAAUUAGCCCAGUUUAGCAGCGCCACACAUGCCAGCCUCCACUCGUCAUCCACAGAUAGCGACAGGAAUGCUGGCACUGCUCACGGAAAUGUUGGAGCUCCGCUCUCUCUCGAGAAGAUCUCUAUACACACACACACACACACACACACACACACACACACACACACACACACACACACAGAAAAAUACAAAUACACAAAGACAAAGUGAUAAUAGAGACAUACAUGCACACACACACACACACACACACACACAUUCAAAGAGCAAAAUAGUGAGAGAGGCCUAGACAAACACACACACACACACACACACACACACACACAAGUGAUAGACAGUUUCAUACACACACACACACACACACACACACACACACACAUUGUUGAGGUAUUUAGCCCCUGGAGACAGACUGCCUGUGGUGUGUGCUUAUAUACUGUAGCACACGAGAGGGCUAAAUGAGUCUGGUGGGCUGUCAUCGACACAGAGUUCCACAGGCUAUCAGGGUGUCAGCAUUUUGUGACUAAUAAAACACCUGUUUUAUUUUAGUCUUUCCUGCCUUUCAUUGAUUUUGCUUCUUUUUUGUGUUUUUAGGGUUGUGGAAAUGUGUGUGUGUGUUGUAUGGUGUUUGUGAGUUGGUUUUUUUUUUGUUGUUGUUUUUAUUUUUUUGUAAGGGUGAUUUUGUUUUGGGAAGGGAUGAGCGUGAACCUACCCUCCGAUUUAACUUGCCGACCAACUACGUGUGUGGCUCCAUGGUUAAGGCUUUAAUCAGUCAGCGCUGCCUUUAGCCUGGGGAGAGACUCCUAAACAGCUGUUUGGAGUGAUAGCAUGUGUGGGAUGAGGGAAGGAGUGAAUGGCAGUGUAAAAUGAGUGCCUUUUCCUUGUGUGAAUGGACUUUUGUCAUGUAGUUGGCAAGAUAGGAUGGUAUACCAGAGGUAACUGCAGGGUGUGGAAAUCUAGAAAUAAUGGAAGCGUAAGAACUCCGAGCGCCUGGUGCCCCGGCGUCCUGCGCGAUGCGGAGCUAAUUCAUGGAUUCACGGAGUAGUGUUAUGCGUAUAAUGGACUCACCUCUACAUUGUCAGCCAAUAAGAAAAGAGCCCUGUUAAGACCAACCAGACAGUGUGUAAAAUGUGCCUCAGAGAUCUUGUUGUGUUGAAAUGGAACGGUCUAUUUGAGUGCCUUUGUUCUGUCUCUUUAAAGUGCCUGAUGAUUGACUUCUUCGCUGACUGUUUUGCUGACAGGUAUGUUUGUAAUGCUACAAUAAACCCUCUUUGUAUGCAAA